ACAGGUUAUUUUGUGAAGAGAAGCUAUGGCUGCAGCCUCAAAAAAGUUAAUCGAGGUUUAUGUUGAUUUACUAAACCUCCUAGAAUGCCCAGUCUGCUUCAGGUAUGCUUCCUCCAACGAAGCACCAAUAAAAAUUUGCACUGAAGGACAUUUCAUCUGCGGAGACUGUGGGCGAAGCUUAUACACCUGUCCUACCUGUAGAUGCGAAUACAGCAAUGUACGUCCGACAAUUUUGGAUCAGAUCAUAGAAGCUCUGGCAUAUCCAUGCUGUAAAGUCGGUUGUGGAACUUUGUUGCCACUAAAAGAUAUCCAUUCCCAUGAGCUACGGUGUAGUUUUCAAGAAGAUGAAGAAAUGAAGUGCGAUAAAAAUAUGGUACAAUCGCAAAACAUUCUAAAGCACAUAGAAGAAAAUUAUUCAUCUUUUUAUUUGAAGCCUGGAGAUGACGUGGCUGAACUGGGGCUGUGCAUGAAUUGUUUAUCUGUUGCUAUAUUUUCUGAAGAUGAUGACAUAUCAUCUACUAAUCGCUUUGAUAAUAAUCAGGAAAGCAAACAGAAUCUAUCAAAAACAGAGGUUUGUUUCUUUUUUUUAGUUUGUAUGAUUUGAGAGUUUUAAAAAUCAAACCCACUUGGAAAUUGUUUUAUCUCGAAUAAUGAUUUAAUUGAAAUUAAAUUCAUCAAUAUUGAGC